AUUGAUGAUGCUUUCAGAGAAGCCCAGCUCUGACUUCCCCUCUCGUCUGUGUGGUCGAGGUUUGUGUUUCCUCACAGUACGAGAUGUGUGAAUGAUCACUAUAGCAGAUAUUAUUCAUCUGGAUCAGAUCAUGAAGAUCAUACAGCUGCAGAUCUAUCUGUUCAUGUUGUAUCAAGCCACAGAGAGUCUAACAAACACAGCAGUAACUUUAGGAUCUGAUGUGAUUAUAACCUGUGAUCUUGAUAUAGAGGAGAUUUACUGGUACAAACUGAAAUUACCGGAUCCUCCAGUGUUGAUCUUACGCACUUUCAGCAGCACAACUGAAGGAGGUAAAUAUGAAAACAGCAUCUUUAUUCACAAAUACUCAGCGAAAACUAACAGUCGUCUGUUCAUCAAGAAUAUCACCAUUGAUGAAUUAGGAGUUUAUUAUUGUGUGAAAACUAGUGAACCACUAAAAUUCAACAACGGCACCAAAAUCUACAUCAGCGACUUUGUCCAUAAUAAUAUUACAGACUCGGUCCACAGGAAUCAGACAGAUGACGCUCCACAACACCAGAUACCAUGGAGAAAUAUGACCAUCAUCAUAUCUGUCCUGCUGAAUGUGCUUCUGAUCAUUGCAUUAAUAGGUUUGGUGAAGAGAUUCAUUGAUGCAACUGGAAAAUCUGCUGCUCAAAACUCAAAUAAUCCACAGUGUGCUGAAGUUGAUUUCUUCAUGAGCUCCAGAAACACCAGGCCUAGUCAGGAGCAGAGCACUACUGUCUACAGCCAAUGUACGAUGUGAUACGUGUUAUGAAUAUAAAGUGUACCUACAUAUGUUUUUUUUUUUUUUACAAACUAAAAUUGACUGUUAUUAUAUUUUAAAUGUGUGGAUUUUAAUUUCCAUUUUCAUUUAUGAGUUUGCUGAUUUGUAUGUAAAUAUGCAGUGUGUAUGAUAGUAACACUUUU